AUGGGUGCGUGGUUCAGAAAUGCAAAACCAUAUCUGCUAUUGUUGGGAGUUCAAUUUGGUUCAGCCGGAAUGUUCAUUUUUGCAAUGGAUGCUAUCAACAAGGGUAUGAGCCAUUACAUCUUCAUCGUCUACCGUAAUGCCAUCGCAGCUAUAACUCUCGCUCCAUUCGCAUUUUUUCUAGAAAGGAAAAUUAGGCCCAACAUGACUCCCCGGGUAUUUCUAGAGAUUAUGGCACUGGCUUUCUUCGAAAUAAUACUGGAUCAAUGCUUCGCCCUCUUGGGGAUGAAAUUAACGUCGGCAUCUUUCCUCUCUGCUGUGAUGAACUCCGCACCUUCCAUUACUUUUGUGUUGGCAGUCAUUCUAAGAUUGGAGCACAUGAAGAUUAAGGAGGUAUCAUGUCAGGCCAAAGUGAUUGGGACCGUAGUAACUUUUGGAGGCACGUUGCUAAUGGCACUCUACAAAGGUCCCGCAGUCAGUGUCGUGGGAUCAUCAACAAGCCAUGUCGGCCAACCUGAGAAUGUGAACGACCCUACAGGAAGCCACUGGGUCAUAGGGACAUGUUUCCUACUCAUCGGUUGUGCUGGCUUUUCUGCGUUUUACAUAUUGCAGGCUAUAACAUUGAGAAAGUAUCAAGCACCAAUGUCCCUGGCCACAUGGGUUUGCCUCAUAGGUGCACUUCAAAGCUCUGUAGUAGCUCUGUUCGCGGAGCGCCACAACCGUCAUGCUUGGUCUCUGGGUUGGGACACACGACUCUUUGCUCCUGCUUACGCGGGAAUAGUUACGUCAGGAGUUCAGUAUUACAUUCAAGGCAUGGUCAUAAAAGCAAUGGGUCCAGUUAUCGUGACUGCUUUUAAUCCCCUGCGUAUGAUCAUUGUCACGGCCCUAGCUUGCAUCAUUCUCUCUGAGAAACUCUACCUUGGAAGUAUUAUUGGAGCAAUAGUAGUUGUAGCUGGACUUUAUCUAGUUGUGUGGGGAAAAUCUAAAGAGUACAAAGGUGGAAUGCCAUUGUCCCCUGCAGUGCAAGACGAACAUCAGCUACCUGUCACAGCUCCCAGCAACGAUAGCAGCGAUAUUAACAAAGCUCAAUUGGUCAUUCACGGUGAUAGAAAAUGCGAUGAGGAGACCACAUUAUCAAAAACAGAAAGUUAG